UCUGAACGUAUAAAGAGCACGAAGAGAGAUGCGGUGGCACUGUUUUUUUCAUACAUUCGACGUCGAGAGUAUUUUAUAAGAAAAUUAUCAAUGGAAUCUGCGGGUGCAACGAAGAUAGUGAAAAAAUAAUAUGAUUAAAUAACUAGAAAUGGUAGAUGGGAAAGAGAAAAUGGAAAUAUGUCAGCGGCCGGUGAAUUUUAUGUCUGUGUAACAGGAUCGAUUGAAUUUGGUGAAUUUUAUGAAAUUGAUAACGCUUAUUGCAAGUACGGAUAUCAUUUUGGAAAUCAAUGGAACGUCGUUGCGGGCAUCGAAGAGGGUUUAACGCAAAUGAGUAAAUGUAGUAACGACGUUAGACGUCUAGCCGUUUGGAACUUUCCGGUCGACAUAACCUUCAGAUCGACAAAUCCCCACGGUUGGCCACAACUAGUUCUCUCGAUAUAUGGUAUGGACUUUUUCGGUCAUGACGUCAUAAGGGGUUACGGUGUUUGUCAUUUACCAUUGACAAAGGGUCGACACGAGAAAAAAGUCUCCAUUUACGCGUUGGAAUCUUCGUCACCGAUGCAAAAAAUUGCAGCUUGGUUGACUGGCAGGAGACCGGAAUUAAUUGAACCAUCCAUCUUGGCUUCAGCAGCUGGCAGAGAACUGACCCGAAUGAGAGUGCAAGGCACGAUUACGACAUCGUUCAACGUCGUCUUGAAAGACUUCGUUAAGCUUGGCUACGACAAUGGGGAAAGGUAUCGGUGAACUGAAACACAUACACAGAGAUAACAUGAAUUUUAUUGUAAGCAUUGAAUCUAAGGAUGGAAUUGAAUAAAGAACUAAUUUACAAAUAAUUUUAA